GUUGCGAUCCACCAGUAAAUCGACAGAAGAAGAAGAAUAAGAAAAACACAGUCACAGCUAAAUUGUAGCAUAAAAGGUACAAACAUUUCUUAUCAUAUCAAAGCACUUCUGUCUUUAUGUUUCCUUCCACGGCGGUAUAAGAAGGAACUGUCGUUAGACUAGCAGCUUUUAAUCCAGACUGCUGGCAGCUUGCAAGUAAAACUAGUAGCUGGCUGUUCAAUCACAAAGAGACAGCAGCUGCACACUGCUGUCUCUGCUGCGAAUGGUGUUGUAGUUUGAUUUGACUGGACUGGCUACAACAUCCAGGCCGACAUGACAGGAGUGGCCUCCCCAGAGAAGGCGGCAAGCUCCAAAAAGAAGAGCGAGAGGAAGUGUGCCAACAAAGAGGAGUACAGACAGCUGUCUGGCAUCAUGGGAGUCAUGAACAACCUGAGGAAACAGGGUACUCUCUGUGAUGUGACCUUAGUGGUCCAGGGGAAACACUUUCCUGCACACCGAGUUGUGUUGGCAGCUGCCAGCCACUUCUUCAGCCUCAUGUUCACUACCAGGAUGAUGGAGUCAGUGUCCCAUGAAGUGGAGCUCAGGAGUGCCGAGCCUGAGAUCAUCGAGCUGCUGAUUGAAUUCAUCUACACAGCUCGGAUCUCAGUGAACAGCAGUAACGUCCAAUCGUUGCUGGAUGCAGCAAACCAGUACCAGAUAGAGCCUGUGAAGAAAAUGUGUGUGGAGUUUCUCAAAGGACAAAUCGAUGCAACAAACUGUCUCGGUAUUUCCGCCCUGGCCGACUGUAUGGACUGUCCUGAGCUGAAGGCAGCAGCAGAGGACUUCUUCCAGCUCCACUUCACUGAAGUCUACAAACUGGAUGAGUUCCUGCAGCUGGACGUCACACAGCUUACACACCUGCUGCAUCAGGACAAACUCACUGUCCGUGCUGAGGCCCAGAUUUAUGAUGCAGCAGUGCGAUGGUUGAAGUAUGACGUCGGUAACAGGCAACCGUACAUGGUGGAAGUGUUGGGGAGCGUUCGAUUUCCUCUGGUUUCCAAAACCUUCCUCUCCAAGACGGUGCAGGCCGAGCCACUCAUCCAGGACAACCCACAGUGCCUCAAGAUGGUUAUCAGUGGGAUGCGAUACCACCUGCUGUCCCUGGAGGAUCGUGAGGAUCUGGGUGAGAACAGCCGACCACGGCGCAAGAAGCACGACUACCGCAUCGCUCUGUUUGGAGGCUCCCAGCCCAAGUCAUGCCGCUAUUUUAACCCAAAGGACUCCAGCUGGACAGACAUUCGCUGUCCCUUUGAGAAGCGCCGCGAUGCCACUGCUGUCUUCUGGGACAACGUGGUCUACAUCCUGGGCGGCUCACAGCUAUUCCCCAUCAAGCGCAUGGACUGUUACAACGUCCUGAAGGAUAGCUGGUACUCCAAGCUGGGCCCGCCCACACCUCGAGAUAGCCUGGCUGCCUGCGCCGCACAGGGAAAGAUCUACACAUCCGGGGGGUCUGAAGUGGGAAGCUCUGCACUCGACCUUUUUGAAUGCUACGACACAAGGACAGAGUCAUGGCAGGUGAAGGCAAGCAUGCUGAUGGCUCGCUGCAGCCACGGCUCGGUUGAAGCCAAUGGGCUCAUCUACGUCUGUGGAGGAACAGUGGGCAACAACGUGUCAGGCAGAAUCCUCAGCAACUGUGAGGUUUAUGAUCCCAGCACUUCACAAUGGAGGGAGUUGAGUGGAAUGAGAGAGGCCAGAAAGAACCAUGGACUGGUGGUGGUCAACAACAAGAUCUAUGCUGUUGGAGGGCAGGGUGCACUGGGUGGACUGGACUCAGUGGAGUACUACGACAUUGCGACCAAUGAGUGGCGCAUGGCUUCACCCAUGCCGUGGCGAGGUGUAACUGUGAAAUGUGCAGCAGUGGGUGAUGUCAUCUAUGUACUGGCAGGGUUCCAAGGUGUUGGCAGGCUUGGGCACGGGCUGGAGUACCACAGUGAGACUGACAGGUGGGUGACUUGCAGCAAAAUACGAGCGUUCCCCGUCACCAGCUGCCUGAUCUGUGUGGUCGAUACAUGCGGUGUGAACGAAGACGAGGAUAUGGACCUUAUAGACUCUCAGUCACACCCUGCAUUAGCUGUCCCUGCUGCCCCUGCCCCUGCCUCAACCUCAGCACCCUCAUAGAACAACAGAUAUAUCUAUUGUAUAUACUGUGUUGUUUGUUGACGUUGGUUGUGAAAGCAGGCUUCAACGGACCCUGAAGCUGAUUUACAGAGCAGGGCUGGACUUAUGAUUGCCCUGGUGGCUUGUUAAUGAGUUUUGAUGCGAGUUUAUAGGCAGCAAACCGGUUUAUUCUAUAAGUGUUCCCUGCUGUUACAUUACUUUACACAUUUUGUGCCAGAGUUGUAGGUCCUGUUGUUAAAGUGCCAGUGGAAAAAUAUCUGUAAAUGCGUUCAAGGUGACAAAAACACAUGCAAUGAAAGUUUGUGGACUUUUU